AUGGCAACCAUCCAAGAUGACGACGAGCGGAUGCUCAUGCGUAUCGGCUACAAGCAGGAAUUGCGCCGCGAGUUCACUCGGUGGUCAACGGUUUCGUACGCCAUCUCGAUCCUGGGCGUGUUGGGCUCAGUCCCUGCCACCUUCAAUGUUCCGAUUGCUUCUGGAGGCCCGGCUACAGCCGUUUGGUGCUGGUUCUUUGGUAGUUGCAUGGCUAUGUGUAUAGCAGCUUCAGUUUCCGAGUUGGUCUCGGCGUAUCCUACUGCUGGUGGGAUGUAUUUUGUCACCAAGCAAGUGGUACCGGAACGGCACGUCCCGAUAUGGUCGUGGAUCGUGGGCUGGUGCAAUUUUCUCGGACAGGCGGCUGGUGUUUCGUCAUUGGCAUACUCGAUCUCGCAGAUGCUUUUGGCUAUGAUCAGCAUGCACUCUCAGUUCGAUGGCGACAAAUAUGCCUUCUCUCCGACGGCACUGCAGACCGUGCUCCUAGCCCUCGCGCUUCUCUGCGCCAUGGGCUGCGUUUGCUCGCUCACCACCCGCAGCUUACACAAAAUCGUGAUAUGGUUCGCGCCAAUUAAUGUGCUCGCUUCGAUUGGGAUUUGCAUCACGCUGCUGGUCAUGACACCCAAUAAGCACGAUGCCAAGUGGGUCUUCACUCAUACGACUGAUGGCUCGGGCUGGGGUAGUAAGGCCUUCUCGUUUCUACUCGGAUUCCUGUCGGUUGCCUGGACCAUGACGGACUACGACGGGACCACGCACAUGUCGGAGGAAACGCACGACGCCGCGAUCCGCGGCCCCGUCGCGAUCAACACCGCCGUCGUAACCAGCGGGCUGAUCGGCUGGAUGCUGACGAUAACCUUCUGCUUCUGCCUGGGGGACCUGGAGUCGACGAUCGCUUCGCCCACUGGUAUGCCAGUGGCGCAGAUCUUCCUGAACGCGGCGGGCGUGCGCGGGGCCACUAUCAUGUGGUCGUUCGUAAUCCUGAUCCAAUUCUUCACCGGCAUUUCCGCGAUGCUGGCAUGCACACGGAUGGCAUAUGCGUUCUCGCGGGACGGCGCAUUCCCGUUCUCCUCGUUCUGGUCGCGCAUCAACGCAAAAACGCACACGCCCAUCAACAGCGUGUGGCUCGUCGUGGGCUGCUGCGUGUGUCUCGACCUGAUCGGACUGGGCAGCACGCAGACGAUUGUGGGGAUCUUUAACAUCACCGCCCCUGCGCUGGACCUCUCCUACGUCGCCGUCAUCUUUGCCCGCAUUUGGUACUCGGACGAGAUUAAAUUCAUUGAUGGGCCGUUUACCCUCGGUAAGUACGGCCGCGCACUCAAUUGGACCGCGAUUACUUGGGUCUGCUUCAUCAGCGUCGUACUGUUCUUCCCGCCUAGGAAGCCCGUCACACCAGAGAAUAUGAACUAUGCCAUUUGUGUAGCCGCGUUCAUGGUCGUGUUUGCGGUCGGAUGGUGGUGGGCCGGCGCGAGAGACGUAUAUACCGGCCCGAGGACGAAGGAUGUUAUGGACCUGGUGCCGAGCGAGGAUACGGAGGAGGAGGAGGAGGAGGAGGAGGAGACGACAAUGGGCUAUGGGACCAUGGUUAAUGAUCGGGUGUAG